ACAAUUUGUUGUGUUCGUAAAUAACAUUAAUUCUGUUUAAAUCAGUUUUGCUAAAAUAAAAUGAGCAAAGAAUGGCUCGAAUUAGAAAGUGAUCCUGGAUUAUUCACUUUGAUGGUACAAGAAUUUGGUGUUUCUGGUAUUGAGGUAGAGGAAAUUUAUGAUCUGCAAAAGACGUUUGACGGACCAGCCUAUGGAUUCAUUUUUCUAUUUAAAUGGAUUGAAGAAAGAAAAUGUCGUCGUAAGGAUGAGGAUCAGUUUGUGUUUAAUGAAGAAAUGGUAAACAAUAUGUUUUUUGCUCAACAACAUAUUCCGAAUUCAUGUGCUACUCAUGCUCUGUUAAGUGUGCUACUUAACUGUGACCGUACCAACGUUAAAUUAGGAAUGCAUUUAGAAAGACUCCUAGACUUCACUAAAGGAAUGACACCAGAUGAAAAGGGAUACUCAAUCGGAAAUAUGCCUCAAUUAGCUAAAGUUCAUAAUAGUCAUGCUAGACGAGAACCACCACGAUUAAAUGAUAAGCAGGCCAUGCAAGUAGCAAGUGGAAAAAGUGCAGAAGCUUUCCAUUUUGUGAGUUACGUGCCCAUUAAUGGUAGAUUGUAUGAAUUAGAUGGGUUAAAGCCAGCUCCAAUUGAUCAUGGUCGUUGGGAUAAUAAAGAAGAAUGGACUGAAAAAUUUCAGCGUGUUAUUAAAGAACGAUUGGGAAUGACGAGAUCAUCAGCCAAUGGAAACUCUGAACCAUAUAAAGAUAUUCGCUUCAACCUUAUGGCAGUAGUUCCAGAUAAAUGUCAACAACUGAAACGACGUAUACAAAAGUUAAGAAUGAAUAAACGUAUAGUUUUAGAGGCAUUAGAAAAAAAAGUUCGUCAGAGAUCGUCACAGUCUCCAUCCCCUGUGACUGGAAGAACAAGACAUAGACAAAAGCAAGCUGCAGCUGAAAGGCAAGCUGAAGAUGCAGCUAUAGCUGCAGCCCUAAAUGAUUCUCAUACAAGCAUAUCACCAAACACUAGUGGUAGUACUGAAACAGCAUCUGAAGCCUCUUCAACCUUCAAUUCACCAAUUAGGCCUUCAACACCUCAUUCAAUUAGAAAGCAUUUAUGUGAAGAUGAGUGCAUGCAGAAUCUGCUCAAUUCGCAUGGAAAUCACAACAGUCAAACUCCUCCAUCAGCAAGUUUCAAAGCAACACCAAAAGAAUUACUUGGGUUACUAAGCCGCCUGGAAAGUGAAAUUACGCAAGCUGAAGAUGCACUAGUUGAUCACACAGAAAGAAUUCGAAAAUAUGAAAUUGAUGACAACAGGAGAAGGCACAAUUAUGAUCGUUUCUUGUCUUCAUUUUUAUCGUUACUGGCAGAAGAGGGCCAUUUGGCUCGCCUUAUACGCCAGGCCACGACUAACUCUUCAGGAACUCAACGUAGAAAUUUAAAAAAGACUCAAAAGCGUCCCGUAUCGAAGAAUACAGGUGCAUCGAAGAGAAGAAAGAAGAAAAAAAUCUAA